AUGGAAUCUGAAACAGCAUUAGAGUUAAUUCGUCCUUUAUCUUAUUGUACUAAAAUCUAAAGUUUGACAAUUGACCUCAGGUAGAUAGAAAUUUACUAUAUUUGUUAAUCUUAUUUGAGAUAAAAAAAUAUUUAGAUAUUUCCUUUACUUUUUAUUUAAUAAACUCUAUAAAAUUAUUGCUUAGGAUUCACUAAUUUUUUAUUCAUUAAUUUGUAUAUUUAUUUAGAGUUUUUAUUUUUUAACUAGAGAAAAUUAAUUAAUUAAUUUUUCAUUUUUUAAUAUGCUCGUCUUUUAGAUAAUAAGAAAAAAUUUAUAUCUUAAAUUAUAAAAUAAUUAAUUAGAAGUAAUCAUAUCUCUCCAGAUAGAGGUUAAGAUCUAUAUAAAGCUUUAGGAAAUGUUUUAGCAAGAUGCAUGAAUCUUUCAACUUUUUCACUAGAUUUAAGUAAUAAUUAUAUAUAAAAAUCUGGUGCAAAACAAUUAGCUCUUGUGUUGUAAAAAGGCAAAAAUCUCUCAACUUUAAGGUUAAAACUUAAAUCAAUCAAAUUUGAUGAAGAUGGUUUAUAUAAAGCAUCUGAGUUAUCAUAAGCUUUAGAAAAAUGCACAAACCUUUCUACUUUAGAGUUAGACUUUAGUAUGAAUAUGUUACACCAACAAAUUGCAAUUGACUUAGGUUCUGCUUUAUCAAAAUGGAAAAAUCUGAGGAUUUUGAUUCUCAACUUAAGUAAUAAUGUAAUAUUCGACUAAGGUGCACAAAAAUUAUGUUCUGAAAUAUUAAAAUGCAGUAAACUAGCAAAAUUGGAUCUAAACUUAAAUUUCAAUAGAUUGUUACCAUCUACAAGAUAAGAAUUGAAGGGCAAUAUUAUUAAGAUGAAGAGACUGAUAUGCAAAAAUAUAAAUAUUUGA